GCCACCAAAGCCGCUGUCAUCGCCGCCUUCUUUGCGGGUACCUUCCGGUUGAAGUCUAUCUAUCCGCAGCACAAGCGACCAUGGCCGGAAAAGGAGAAAACAAAGCAACGCGCCAAUGCUGGGAAUGUCUUAAACGACGUCUAGUGUGCGACAAGACGCUGCCGCGCUGCAACAAGUGUCAGAAACGCGGUCGGCAAUGCUCGGGCUACGAUGACGCGAAGCCGCUUCAGUGGGUUCAGCCAGGGAUGGUGACAUCUAAACGAAGAGGAAAGAAAGACGGUAGUCCGCGUAAAAGAUCCAGCAACAACACGGCGGCCAACAGUCAAGUUAACUAUACCUGCGAACCCAUAGACUACGAAGCCGCCUUGACCGAAUGGGUAAAGGACCGGAUCGUCAAUCCCCAGUAUCGGGUCACUGAUCUCCAUGUACUAUCUUUCAAAAUGAUAGCAGUGGCUAGAGAAGCCGCCAGGGUAUUCGAGAUCGGCGGAAGGAUCAAGAUCGAAGAAAUCGUCCAGAAAGGCUUGCAUGAGGAAGCCGCAAGCGUAUUGCGCUCGGGUCGUGAUCCACUGCAACGGCUGCAGCGACUACUCGCGUUUUUGAGCAUGCAAGAUGUACCACUCUAUGAUGAUCUCAUGGACGAAACAUCAGAAGUGGUGCAGGCCGUUCAAUACUACAACUUACGAAUAUACCCACAAUACAAGGCAUCCCAAGAACUGGCACCUAAUCCCGCCCUCGUACUCUUUCCCCCGCAAGUCUUACAUUUGCUUACUCCGUCCAUUCAUCAUGCACUAGUCUGCUUGUCACUCAACCAUUUCAUCCACAGUCUGCCACUAGGCGCAGGCCAUACAGCGGUGAUAGCGCGGACAAAAGUAUACCAACAUCGUGGGGCAGCCUUGCGAGCACUCAGUCGACACAUUGCUCAAGACAAGACGAGAUGUUCGGAUAUGACCAUCACCACCAUUCUUAUGUUCAUGUGCUUAGAGCUCCAGAACCCUACUUUUGCGGACGGUCGUUCACAUGUGAAUGGCAUGAAGCGGAUAGUCGACCUAAGAGGUGGUCCUAAGCAGCUCAUGAAGGAAGCCCCGUAUCUGAUCCCGUCGAUGGUGCUGUACCUACUUAUUGUGUCGCUUUCCAACACCUGCAGUCCAUCAUGGGACCAAGUCGACAUCAGUAACACUGCGGAGGAAAUGACGGAAGACAUAAUCGACGUGUACAGUCUCAUCUUCCCGUACACGCUUUGUCCGCGAGAGCUCUUCACCGAGAUAUUGCGGACGAAUCAGCUACGCGCAAGAGCUUCUACAGCAAUACAACUAUGUGAUUUCAACCCGGAUCAUGCACUCGAAGCUUAUGACGUCCUUGGCCGCAUUGAGGUCUUCUCAGUCGAGGACUGGGCGCGGCCUGGCACCUUCUGCACCGAAUGGCUCACUGUUGGUCUGGUGUACAAAUCCGCCGUCGCGCUCUACGCCACCUUGUCCCUUUGCUCACUCAUGGUCCUCCCGACUACGCCUUCACUGCUCGAGAGCCAAACAGCUUACGGCGACGUCCUGCUCAGCAACCUCAGCACCGCGCUCAAAGCCCCGCGAAUGGCAAAAUUUAUGGUCUGGCCGCUCAUUGUCGCGGGUGUAGAAGCCAUGCAUCGCGGGGAAGGGACGCGAAACUGGAUCGAGGCGAGCUUGGAGGAUAUAAGUAGGACACUGGGGACUAGUUGUCCACUCAAAGCGUGUUCGGUGCUGAAGAGAUACUGGAAGGGCGGGGUUUCGGGGUGGGACGAAUGUUUCGAUCGAUCGUAUGUGUUUGCCAUCUAGAGAGCGAGCUAGUCAAGAAGUCGUGAUAUACCGCUAGUAUGCGUAAUGUACAGGCUUGCUAUACAGAGGGGAGAUGGGGUCCCCUUUCGUAAUACCCAAACGCCAAUCUAUGCUGUCGUGUGCCAUGGAGCAGCACUACCGGUCCAGGCCCUUGUUCUCUGGAUCCUCAUCGCCCUUGGUCUCCUUGACGUCUUUGUACGG